GCUAUUACUUUCCAUAACGCCAAACCUUUAUAUUCUACGCGGUCCCCUACGGACGUUCUCCCAUGCGGUAUACUGCGGUACUUUCAUUCAUGUAAAACUUGUGGCAAAAAUGUUGGUGCUAUUUGAGACUUCGGCAGGAUAUGCCGUAUUUAAGCUUAUUGAUGAACAGAAGCUCCAAAAGGUCGACAACCUUUUUGAAGACUUCGAAAGUUCAGAGAAAGCCAACAAAGUUGUGCAGCUGAAGAAUUUUGUGAAAUUUGCGGACUCUGCUGAUGCAUUGCAAGGCACUGUAACACUGAAUGAAGGUAAAUUAUCCAAACCCCUAAAGAAGUUACUGAAAAAAGUCUUUGUAGAGGAAGCUCAUGAGAAGCUUGCUGUGUGGGAUGCUAAACUUGGAAGUACCAUCAGGGAUAAACUUGGGAUCCAGUGUGUUAGCAACACUGCAGUUGGAGAGCUGAUGCGAUGUAUAAAGUCACAGGUUGAAGGCCUUAUUCCUGGUUUACAGGAAAAAGAAUUGACUGCCAUGUCUCUUGGUUUGGGUCACAAUUUGGCACGCUACAAAUUGAAAUUCUCCCCUGAUAAGGUGGAUACCAUGAUUGUGCAGGCCAUUUCCUUAUUAGAUGACAUAGAUAAGGAGUUGAAUAAUUAUAUUAUGCGGACACGCGAAUGGUAUGGCUGGCACUUUCCAGAACUCGGCAAAAUUAUCACAGAUAACACAGCCUAUAUUCGCUCAAUUAUGGCAAUGGGUACUCGAGAGAAGGCUGUAAAGACCGAUUUUAGUGAAAUAUUACCUGAGGAUGUUGAAGAGAAAGUGAAAGAGGCAGCAGAAAUAUCCAUGGGGUCAGAAAUUGCUGAUGAAGAUAUUCUUAAUAUACAUCAUUUAUGUGAUCAGAUAAUAGAGCUAACGGAUUAUCGUGCACAGUUGAAUGAGUAUCUGACCAAUCGUAUGGCAGCUAUUGCCCCCAACUUGACUAUAUUGGUUGGGGAGCUAAUCGGAGCUCGUCUCAUUGCUCACGCUGGUUCUUUAAUCAACUUGGCAAAGCAUCCUGCAUCAACCAUUCAGAUUCUAGGUGCUGAGAAAGCUCUCUUCCGAGCAUUGAAAACCCGGCAUGCUACUCCCAAAUUUGGUAUGCUCUACCAUGCACAGCUAGUUUCACAGACUAGUGCCAAAAAUAAGGGUAAAGUGUCUCGUAUGUUGGCAGCUAAGGCUGCGUUAGCGUGUCGUUAUGAUGCCCUCGGUGAAGAAACGACAACAGAUAUGGGCAUCAAUAACAGGGCCAAACUAGCUUCCAGAGUGUCUCUGAUAGAAACUGGUUUUUCAGAUAGAAUUUCAGGAAAAGGAAAGGCUAUGGCAAGAUUUGAGAGAUAUCAAGGACCCAGUGAAGUAAAGCAAUAUUUUGCAGCGGCAGAUAAUACUUUGCCAAGCUCGUCCAAACGUAAAUUUGAUGAAUCAUUUGAGGCACCAGCUGCUAAGAAAAUCAAGAUUGAAGAUGAUGGUGGUGAAGUUACUAAAGAAAAGAAGAAAAAGAAGAAGCAACUUGUACAAGAAUUAAAGACUGAAGUAGAGGAAGCUGCAGAAGUCAAGACAGAAGCCAAGUCUGAGGCAGAAAUGGAAAUGGAGACGCCGGAGCCAUCUAGUGAAAAGAAGAAGAAGAAGAAAAAGAAGAAGGAGAAAGCUGAAGCUGAAUGAUUAUGAAGUGUCAUAAACUUUAGUGUUAGAGUUACACAUUGUAAUUUCAGUUUACAUUAUAUGAGAGAAUUUAGAUAUAGUUUCAUUUUAAAAACAUUCAAAUGAGAAACAAAUUUGAUACCAUAAGUCAGGUAUGUAAAUACUGUACAUUUAUGUCCACUUCAUUCCUUGAAUGUUGGCUUUUAACAUUUUUGUUAACUAUGUAAAUGUAUUGAGUUUCUUAAGCUAUAGCCUAUUCAUUUUUUGAAGCCAGAAAGUCUUUCAUUCUUGGAAGUGUAAUCCAGUUUGUUAGCUGUCGAGAAAAAAAAUAUAUUUGAUAUCAUUAGCUAAGAUUUAAAUUUGGUUGGUAAGAAAUGUGGAGUUCUUAUUUUGAUUCAUAGAAAGGUAACAGUAUUUUUCAGUGCCAGAUAUUUAUUAGAAAUAAAGUUUAGUUCAAUAUAUAUUAUGUUUAAGAAAUUUUUUAUAUGUUUAAUGAUUAAAAUUAUAUAAAACUACUCAUUGUGUAGUUUGAAGUGCAAGUGUGGCUGCUGUCUUCUGUAAUGAUUGCAUUGAAUUGUUAAUGUUUUAAUUUUGUUAUUCAUUUCUUGUCACACUGUAGAUUAAAACAAAAGUUUUUAA